UUACACUUGGCACAAUGCAGUCAUGCAAGUACCGUUCUCCUGACAACCACCAAACCCAGACACAUCCAUCAGAUUUUCAGACAGAGAAGCGUGAUUGGUCACUCCAGAGAACACUUCUCCAGUGCUCUAGAGUCCAGUGGCAAAUGGCUGAAUUGCUUCUGUUCUAGUUGCUUCCACUUUUUAUAAUACCACUAACAGUUGACCGUGGAACAUUUAAUAGCAAGGACUCUUCAUGGAUGGACUUUUUGCACAGGUGGCAACCUAUCACGGUACCACACUUGAAUUUGCUGAGCCCCUGAGAGUGACCCGUUCUUUCACAAAUGUUUGUAGAAGCAGUAUACAUACCUAG